CGCAUUUCGUUCGGAUUUCGCAAUGAUCGAACGUGUUUGGCUUGUGCUGCGUCUACAGAUCGAAAAGAAGCUCCCAUCAUUGCCGAAAUUGUCCUGCUAUUAAAUACAAAUGAGCGGAAUUGUAAUCCAGUAAACAUCAAUUAUCAGCAACAUUACAACGAUGUUAUAAUUUUGCACUCAACAAUAUAAUUGUUAUAUACAGUGCAUGUUAUAUAUAUUGUUGAGUGAGAAAUUAUUAUGUUGAUUAUAAUGUUAUUGUUAGUGUUUACUGGGAAAUAACAUUAUCAAGAUAGCAAUCUUUAAGAUGUCUUAUGUCCUGAUUUUAGAUUUUGUGCUGUCUGGGUCACGGAUAGAAUUUGAAAACGAGGAUUUCCGCGCUACAUAACACGCAAGUGAAUCAAUUUCGCGAACACAUAACAGAACACGUGAACGAGUGAUUCGUGUCUUUUAAGUAGAACGGACAAUGACGGCAUGAAAAUAACGUCAAAAUGAUAAAAAAUAAUUGAAAAAUGAGUUUUAUAGUCAUUUUUAUAUCAAUUUGACGCCAUCGUCAUUUUCUGUUCAUUUUCUGGUCUCCGACAUUUCGCAAACACGAAAAAUUGGAUAGAUUAAAUCAUCUGUUAUCUCCCGGUAAACACCAACCGACAAGAACAUAUGUCAAUGUCGUAAUUUCUCACUUGACAUAUGCAAAUGCAAUAUAACGCACAUGUUAUGUAACAGUUACAUCGCCGAGUGGAAAAUGAUAACAUUAAUGUUACGUUAUUGAUGGUUGGUGUUUACCAGGCCUCUCUGUCUCUGUUAUAAUAUCUCGAUACGUGCGUGUGUUAUCUCGGUGCGUCUGUUUUGUAACUGUGCGAAUCAUGCGCGAAAUAAUUUGAAACGAAAUCCGUAAUUAAAUCUAUCGCUUGACGGUCGAAGGAGAAGAUCAAGAGAUAAUGAGAACUCUUUAUCUCAAUGAUGCAGAGUCUUCGCUGCGAUUGCGUUUACUUUACAGUCGAACGCCAGACGUGUUCCGAGCUGUAUCUUCCUCCGCAGUGAGAGUACAGAAGUUCUUCGUGAGACGAGAAUAUGUCGGGAGAUUCGAAUCGCAUCUGGCGACGAUACGCAGUGUUCGAGCGUCCGCCGAAGGAGAUUCUGCGGCCAUUUUCACCGUUGGAAAAAACUUUGACGGGUCCUGGCCCCAGUAACUGUUCGAAUCGAGUCCUCGAUGUCCUCGGCCGGCAAGUGCUUGGUCACCUUCACCCCGAGAUAUGCCAGUUGAUGGACGACAUCAAAGCGGGAUUACAGUAUGCGUUUCAAACCAGGAACCGACUCACCCUGGCAUUGAGCACAUCCGGUCAUGGCGGGAUGGAGGCUUGUUUGGGAAAUUUGCUUGAAUCCGGCGACACCGUACUGAUCGCCAAAUGCGGCUUUUGGGGAGAACGCGCGGCAGACAUGGCCGAUCGUAUCGGUGCGAAAGUGGAAUUUCUGGAGACUGAAUACGGUGUAGCUUUUGAAUUGGACGACUUGGAGGAGGCUCUGAAGAAAUAUCGGCCGGCAGUCAUGUUUGUCACUCAUGCGGAAUCGUCGACGGGUAUGAAGCAGCCUCUGGAGGAUGUCGGUGCACUCGUUCAUAAGUACGAUGCUCUGUUGAUCGUCGACACCGUGGGGUCGUUGGGCGGAGAGCCGUUUUUCAUGGACGCCUGGCAAGUGGACGCGGUUUACACCGGCAGCCAGAAGGUCCUCGGUGCUCCUCCAGGAAUAACGCCCGUUUCCUUCAGCCCGCGCGCAGAGAGCAAGCUAUUCGGGAGGAAGACGAAGCCGUCCGCUUUCUACUGGGACAUGAGAAUACUCGGGGACUAUUGGAACUGUUUCGGCGGGGAACGCGUGUAUCAUCACACAAUAAGCGCCACGCUGGUGUACGGCUUGAGAAUGGCACUGACGCAGCUCGCCGAGGAAGGACUGUACGCUUCUUGGACCAGACACGCGGCGGCGGCUGUUAGAUUCAAGCGAGGCCUUCGGUCGCGCGGUCUGCGGUGCUACGUCGAAAAUCCGCGCUAUCAACUGUCGACUCUCAUCUCGAUAAAAUUGCCAGACGGGAUCGACGACAAGAUCGUGGCAGCGCGAGCCAUGAAACGGUACAAAGUCGAGAUCAGCGGCGGUCUGGGACCAACAGUCGGUAAAAUUCUGCGUGUCGGACUGAUGGGGGUCAACGCGCGACCCCGUACCGUCGACCUUGUGCUAAACGCUCUCGACGACGGACUGAAACACGCCCUUAAACCCAAGAUGUAACGGAAUCAUUAUUGCGAUCUUAUUAUUAACGCUUCGUUAGUCGCGAUAUCCAUUAAAUACCAUUCUAAUACUCAUCAAUUCUAAUACUUAUCAAUUUUUUCUUCAAUUUUUCACGUAUGUUUUAGUGCUUGAUUUAUUAUUCAAGUGCUAAUGAAAGAAAAUUUGUUUCAAGAAGCAGAGGGAAAUAACGGGAAAGUUAGUGUAUCUAUGAGAUAUAUUUAUGCAGGCAACCAUUUAUGGGUGAAAGAUAUGGAGACUAUCGGAGGUUUAAUGAUUAGUACGCAUUGAAGUUGAAUGUGGUUACAAUCCAUCGAGUGAUUUAGAACAUCGUAGGGAGAAGACCGUUUAAUAGACAAUAAUAAUCGUAAUAAUAAUAAUAACAAUAAUAAUUUUUUAAUUAAUAAAUUGUUUUGGCACAGUACAGAAUAGCAUCGAUUUCCGUUCUCUACAGAAAAACUAUCAAAGUGCGCGUGUCACACGCUUCUCUCGACGAAGGAGUAGAAAUACAAAAGAGAUUUAUUCAAGAUCAUGGCGUUGUGUGUGUGUGUGUGUGUGUGUGUGUGUGUGUGUGUGUGUGAAUGUGUAUAUAUAUAUGUGUAUACGACGUCGCAUUGCAGCACCGUAACAGCACACUUUGUAAACUCGUGAUCAUCUCGCGACGAAUUGACGGAACUGUACUUUAGCGCGACUCGGCAAAUUAUAAUUCGCUGCAACGAACAUCUCGAGCAAUGUUCACUUUUCGCCGUUUCUCUCUUUCCUCUCCUUGUUCUUUUCUUUUCAAUUGUCCGUCACGCUGGAUAACGAUGGCGACUCUUCCUUUCAUGCGAUGUAAAAUUGCAUAUACACUGCUCUCAUCCCUUUACAUCUUUUUACGUUAGCUAUCCCGGUCAGUUUAAGCCGAUAUAAACACUAAGCCUAAAGCCUUCGAAUUUCUAUAGUUUUGAAGGUUCAGGUUUUUUCCCCAUUUUCUACGGAUUCCUUCGGUUUCUGUCGCAAGGGUAGAAAAAUUCAUUUGUAAAAAUUCACAUGUAUUCGGUUAAAAUCCGCCAUAUUUAUUUUCUUUGCCGUGAAGAAGGUAAGAAACUGAAAAAAUCUGCGGAAAAAUGGGAAAGUGAUUCUUUUCGGAGCCUUCGAAACUAUACGAAUUUCUAUUCCAUGUACAUGUAAGCGUCACGGAGGACCGCACCGAUAAUCGGUAUAGUACGUACAGUACGCCGAUAAACCUUAUUAAAUGAAAGNAUAUAUAUAUAUAU